CUGUUCCAAACGUUUCAUUUUCCAAACUCGAUUUUGUCCUUAUAUUCUAACUUUACGUAUACAUACUUUAUAUUGCCUAAGCGGUUAGAAGCCUUUUAGCAAAAUAAGAUCAUCAAAAGGGAGAUUAUUCUUAUUCCUUGUGUUUGCAGGUGAAAAAGAAUAUGGCGGAACAGUUGCUGCUGCAUGGGACUCUUGAAGUGAAGAUAUACAGGAUCGACAGGUUGCAUAAACGUGGAAGAUUCAGUUUAUGUGGCACUUGCUCGGGGAACAAGGAACCGGCGGGGAAAAAGAUUCAAUCCCCAAUCAAGAAUCUAACGUCCUCAUGCACAGAUUUACUAGGAGGGCAUCUCUACGCAACCGUUGACCUAGACAGAGCAAGGGUGGCUCGAACCAUGAUGAGACGUCAUCCUAAAUGGUUCCAAUCUUUUCAUCUAUACGCCGCACAUUCAAUCUCCAAAAUCAUAUUCACAGUCAAAGAAGAUGAACCGGUCAGUGCGAAUUUAAUCGGCCGAGCUUAUUUACCUGUCACCGAAGUCAUCACAGGACAACCUGUAGACCGAUGGCUCGACCUUUUAGACGAGCACAAGAGUCCUAUCCAAGGAGGUUCGAAAAUCCAUAUACGUGUGACGUUCACUAGCGUAACACAUGACGUGAACUGGAACAAAGGUAUCGUUAUACCUUCGUUCAAAGGAGUCCCUAACGCAUUUUUCAACCAACGAGAAGGUUGCAAGGUUACGCUUUACCAAGACGCUCAUGUCCUCGAAGAUUACCAGGACAUUACCCUCUCGGGAGGACAAGUGAUAUACAGUCAUCAUCGGUGUUGGGAAGAUAUUUUUGAUGCAAUAUGGGACGCAAAACAUUUAAUAUAUAUCACAGGUUGGUCGGUCUACACCGACAUAACAAUGAUCAGGGAUCCUAAACGGCCAAGACAAGGAGGUAACCUGAAGUUAGGAGAAUUACUGAAGAAGAAAGCAGAAGAGAACGUGACCGUUCUAAUGCUUGUGUGGGACGAUAGAACGUCUAACGAAGCAUUCAAGAGAGACGGUUUAAUGAUGACUCAUGAUCAAGAAACUUACAAUUACUUCAAGAACACGAAAGUGCGUUGCGUUCUGUGUCCGCGGAAUCCUGAUAACGGUAGUAGCCUUGUUCAAGGGUUUGAAGUGGCUGCGAUGUUUACUCACCAUCAGAAAACCGUUGUGGUGGACGCUGAAGUGGAGGGGACGAAAACUAAGAGAAGGAUAGUAAGUUUUCUUGGAGGGAUUGAUCUUUGUGAUGGGAGGUACGAUACUCAGGAGCAUCCUUUGUUCGGUACUUUGAAUAAUUUUCAUUCUAAUGACUUUCACCAGCCGAACUUUGAUGGUGCAUCGAUUAAAAAAGGCGGUCCACGUGAGCCUUGGCAUGAUAUUCACUGCAAGCUGGAUGGUCCUGCGGCGUGGGAUGUUUUGUACAAUUUUGAACAGAGAUGGAUGAAACAAGGUAGUGGUAGAAGGUACUUAGUAUCAAUGGAACGGCUCUCAGAGAUCACGGUUCCGCCACUACCAUUUGUAAAAUCCGACGAUGUUGAAGGUUGGACGGUCCAAAUUUUCCGGUCGAUAGAUGAUGGUGCGGUUCUAGGAUUCCCAGAGGAUCCUCGUGAAGCUUCCAGCGUAGGACUUAUCACGGGAAAAAAUAACGUCAUUGAAAGAAGCAUACAAGACGCUUACAUUAACGCCAUAAGGAGAGCCAAACACUUUAUCUACAUUGAGAACCAAUACUUCCUAGGAAGCUCCUUUGGAUGGAGUUCAAGAGACGUUAAUAUAAACGAGAUCAACGCUUUACACCUUAUUCCCAAAGAGAUUUCCCUCAAGAUUGUGAGCAAAAUCGAGGCAGGGGAGAGAUUUUCAGUGUAUGUUGUGAUACCGUUGUGGCCUGAAGGGAAACCUGGUUCUGCUUCGGUUCAAGCAAUACUAGAUUGGCAAAGGAGAACAAUGGAGAUGAUGUAUACUGAUAUCGUCAUUGCUCUUAGGAAGAAAGGUUUAGAUGCAAACCCUAGAGACUACUUAACGUUUUUCUGCCUUGGGAACCGGGAAGUUAACAAGGCGGGUGAAUACUCGCCUCCGGAGAAACCAGCGGCCAAUUCUGAUUACGCAAGAGCUCAAGAAUCUCGUCGGUUCAUGAUCUAUGUCCAUUCUAAAAUGAUGAUUGUUGAUGAUGAAUACAUAAUAAUAGGAUCAGCAAAUAUUAACCAAAGGUCUAUGGAUGGAGGUCGUGACUCAGAGAUCGCAAUGGGAGCAUACCAACCUAACCAUUUGAUAACUACCAAUCAAAUGAAGCCAACGGGUCAAGUUUUCAGCUUUAGGAUAUCACUGUGGCUUGAACAUCUACGGGUUAUAACCAAUCCAUUCAUGUUCCCUGAAAGCGAAGAGUGCAUAAGAAUGGUCAAUGCAAAGGCAGACGAGCUAUGGGGACUAUACUCAGCACAAGUGUACCCUCGAGAUCAUGAUCUACCGGGGCACUUACUUAGUUAUCCGAUUAGCAUUGGUACCAACGGGGAGGUAACAAAUCUUGCUGGGGCUGAGUUGUUUCCUGAUACAAACGCAAAGGUUUUCGGUGAAAAAUCUAAUUAUCUCCCUCCCAUCCUCACUACUUAAGUGAUGUAACACUUGCAUCGCAUACUAUAUGCAGAAUUUGUAAUUUCGGUUGUGUUAAUCAAGUCUAGUUUAAAUAAAUUUGAGAAUAAAAAAGAGUUUAAUGUGGAAAACAGUCUAGACCGUUCAUAAACC